AUGAAGCGUCGCCGCCCCCAACCGCGUAUCGCAACCAAAGGGACCACGAGCGGCGGCGGCGGCGCCGUCCGGAGCUCUGACGACGUCCCUCUCGCGCGCGCGAGCGCCCCCCUCGGCGAGAGAGACGCUGUGGUUCAGUCCGGCGACGGCGACGACGACGCCGUCGCGGACUCGAACGACUCGCCCGUAUCGACCGCGGCGGCGCCGCCGUCCUCUCAGUCCGCCGAUGACGGCGCGAGGGCGGCGGCGGCGAUCCCCCCGCUCGACCCGAGCGGCGACGGCGACCUCGCGCCGUGCGCCGGUAAGGUGUGCUUUAACUGCCGGAGGCAAAAGACGCCGCAGUGGAGGCCUGGUCCGGCCGGACCGAGGACGCUGUGCAACGCGUGCUGGAGCAGGGUGCGGGCGGCCGCGCCGGAGUACAAGGAGAAGGAGAAGGAGCGUCUCGCCGCGCUUCACAUAGUGCGGAUGGCCGAGCCGGAGUUCAAGGAGAAGAAGAAGAAGCAGGACACCGCGUAUCGAGCCGAGCCGGGGUCCAAGGAGAAGCAGAAGAAGCGGGACGACGCGCGGGCGGCCGCGCCGGGGUCCAAGGAGAAGAAGAAGAAGCAGGACGACGCGCGGCGAGCCAACGAACUGAGGGAGAUUGUGGCCGCGGCGAAGGCGGCGCUCGCGCCUUCUUCGCUCGCGCCUUCUUCGCUCGCGCCUUCUUCGCUCGCGACUGUGGUCUCGAACGUCGGCGGCGUUCGGUCCGCGGAGUCCGCAGCGACGGCGAAAACCACGAGCGCCACGCGCGCGGACGCGGACUCGAACAAGGAGAACAUCGUUCCGACCCCGAGCGUGCGCGUGAUUCGCCCGAGCGGCGCGGGAUCGGACACGACCGCGGCGAUCGUCCGCGUCGAUCACGCGAAGGCCGCCACCCCGCCGAAGUCGCUCGCCGGAUUCGGUGACCAACUCAUGGCUCAAAGGGGCGUAGGCGGAGAUGAACGCUUUCGGCGGAACGUCACCCUUGUUGAGGACGAAAGCGGGUCUUGGAUACCCUUGAUGACAAAAAAGGACGGGAAGACGCCUUCCGGUGUCUUCGCCGUGCAGCGAGAAUGCUACGGUCUCGAUCCGCCCACGGAGGACGGUGCCGAGAAGUUAAACGUCUUCAUCGCGGGGUUUUGCAGCAAGCUCGCGGACGAAGGCUGGCAGAUCUCGUCGAACACGUACAUCUUGUUCGGCUGCGCGGCGGCGGAUCGACUCCGGGUCGAUGUGUCUUGGGCUCUGACUCGCACUGUGACUACCUUUCGCGAAGCACGCCGCGUAUGCGAUGACGCCGCGGGUAACCGCCUCGACGAGAUCAAGCUCCUCAACAACGAGUUCAUCGCGGACACGACAAACUUCCUCGCCGCCGUCGGAGACGUGAUCAACACCAGCGACGCGGGACUUUCCGACGACGCCCGCGCGUCGUUGAUCGCCGGUCUCGAAGAGGCCAAGGCCGUCGUCAAGGCCGUCGUCGACGAGGGGGUGAGUGUCUCCGCCGCCGCCGGCGCGGGGAUCGCGUCCGGCGCGGGGGUCGCGUCCGGCGCGUCCGGCGCGGGGGUCGCGUCCGGUACCAACGGCCUCUCGUCGCCCGCGUCGUCUCUGACGCCGGCCGGUCCUAUUGCCCGCAAGAAGCUCGGUGUGAUGCUCGCGGAGGUGCGUGUCUUGGAGAAGAAGGCGGUCAUACUGAAGACGCUCGCGGAGGGGGGCGAGGAUAAAACGCUCACGAACAAGAGAAAUUCCCUUCAAUCCGCCGUGGACGCCGUCGCCCGCGCCCGCGCCGCCGACGUUCUCGACGAUCACACCGAGUUAGGGCUGUCUACGGGAUCAACCUCGGCAACGCACGAGGACAAGAAGUCGUACGCCUGUCGCCUUAAAGUGAUGUUGUACGCGGAGGUGAGCUGCACGUGCGGGAUUUACGUGCACGCCAUUGGGAAGAAGUUCGACGUGCUCAAGUUCGCGCCGCAGAGCGCCGUCGGAGAUAUGUACGUAAUGACGAAAGCGCUGUCUCGCGGUGAUUACAAGCACCGCAGCGCGUCGUGCGGCGAGCAUGUGUCGUUGAUGAUCGAUCUCGAGGACAACGGCGACUGCUCCGUCGCGCACGCGGAGAAGUUCGCGCGCGCGGCGAACAAGGCGUACGGCGCGUGCGCGCACCUCCUUCGUUGA